AUGAGACAACAUGACUUUGGACAGAGCGAGUCUCUACCGGGGUCAGAGGUCCACCUGCACCAGGGUGCUCUGGGUAAAUGUGAGGACAGAUCAGCUGGUCGCCAUGGCGAAGAGCUGGGCGGAGCUAAAGAGCUGGAGGAGGGCGGAGCUAAAGAGUUGGAGGAGGGCGGAGCUAAAGACCAGAGUAAAGAUGGAGAGAGCAACAGGUGUGGCCACCCGGUUGACAGGGCGGGGCUUUUCUCCUUCAUGACGUUUCAUUGGCUGACUCCGCUAGUUGUGCACGCUCGCAGAAAAGGGCAGCUCCUAUUGGACGACAUCUGGCCCGUGUCACAGCGGGAGAGUUGCCACGACAACAGCUUGAGGCUCUGGUCUCUGUGGGAUGAGGAGUUCCGAUCGAAGGGCAGCGAUGCGUCUCUGUGUUCGGUGGUCUGGUCUUUCUGUCGGACUCGUCUCCUCCUGUCCAUCCUCUGCCUCACCGUCACUCAGCUGGCUGGAUUCAGUGGACCAGCGUUCGUGGUGAGGCGUCUACUCGAGUACACCCAGCAGGAGGAGUCGGACCUGGUCUACGGGCUGCUGCUGGUUCUGGGCCUCCUGACCACGGAGCUGAUCCGGUCCUGGUCUCUGGCUCUGACCUGGGCCCUGAACUACCGGACCGGAACCAGACUGAGGGGCGCCGUCCUCAGUCUGGCCUUCCACAAGAUCCUGAAGCUGCGCAGCGUCAGGGACAAGACCAUGGGACAGCUGGUGAACAUGUGCUCCAGUGACGGUCAGCGGAUGUUCGAGGCAGCAGCAGUGGGCAGUCUGUUGGCAGGAGGCCCCCUGGUGGCCGUCCUCGGUGUUGCCUACAACCUGUUUAUACUGGGACCAACGUCUCUGCUGGGAUCUGCUGUCUUCAUCCUCUUCUACCCCACCAUGAUGUUUAGCUCCAGACUGACGGCGUACUUCAGGAGGAAGGGCGUCGCCGUCACCGACAGACGAGUGCAGAAGAUGACCGAGAUCCUCAGCUACAUCAAGUUCAUCAAGAUGUACGCCUGGGUCAAAGCCUUCUCCCACGACGUCCACAGGAUCCGGGACGAGGAGCGCCGGAUCCUGGAGCUCACGGGCUACUUUCAGAGCAUCACGGUGGGCGUGGCUCCUAUCGUCGUCGUCAUUGCCAGCGUGGCAACUUUCUCCGCCCACAUGUUGCUAGGAUACGACCUGACAGCCGCUCAGGCCUUCACCGUGGUGACGGUGUUCAACGCCAUGACGUUUGCCUUGAAGGUCACUCCGUUUUCUGUCAAGUCUCUGUCUGAAGCUUCAGUGGCCAUGGAGAGAUUCAAGAGUCUCUUCCUGCUGCCGGAGAUCGACAGUGUCCGAGCGUUGCCUGCCGAUUCGCAGGUUGCCGUGGAGAUGUGUGGCGCCAGUCUGGCGUGGGAGGGGGGCGGGCAGAGCGCCCAGCCGAGUCCGUGUGUCCGAGCCGCCGGCAGACACCGACAGAGAGACAAGUGCAGAGACUCGGCCGUCCUGCAGGAGGAGGACGAGGACGAGGAGCAGGAGGAGGCGACCGGCUCCCUGCUGAGGGGAGGAGGAGGCUCCAGUCCAGAGGAGGAGACGUGUCCUUCCCUGCUGUCUGUCCCCUCCGCCCCCCAGCGUCUCCAGAGCACCCUGCACUGCAUCAACCUGAGCAUCCAGCAGGGGAAGCUGCUGGGCGUCUGUGGGAGUGUGGGCAGUGGAAAGACUUCCCUCAUCUCGGCCAUCUUGGGACAGAUGGCUCUGCUGGAGGGCAGCGUGGCCGUUAGAGGACGACUGGCCUACGUGGCUCAACAGGCCUGGAUCCUGAACGCAACACUGAGAGACAACAUCCUAUUUGGACAUGAGUACCAGGAGGACAGGUAUCAGUCUGUCCUCAGCGCCUGCGCUCUCAGACCGGACCUCGCCCUGCUGCCCAGCGCUGACCUCACUGAGAUCGGAGAACGUGGCGCCAACCUGAGCGGUGGGCAGCGGCAGCGAAUCAGCUUGGCCCGAGCGCUGUACAGCGACCGAGAUGUUUACAUCCUGGACGACCCACUGAGCGCGCUCGACGCUCAUGUGGCCAAUCACGUCUUCAACAAUGCCAUCAGGAAGCAGCUACGCCACAAGACCGUCGUCUUCAUCACGCACCAGCUGCAGUACCUGGUGGACUGUGAUGAUGUCAUCCUGAUGAGGGAGGGCAGUAUCGUGGAGCAGGGUAACCAUGACAACCUGAUGAAGCUUAACGGAGACUACGCUACCAUGUUUAACCACUUCCAGCUGGGAGACACUCCGUACAUAGAGGCUCCCAGCAGGAAGUCCAGCGGCUCUCAGAGGAAACCAGCAGACAGUAAACCAGGAUCAGUGAAGAAGAACAGGCCUGUCGUCAAGGACAACGGGGAGGAGCAGCAGUGUGGGGGCGUGGCCUGGCCUGCGUUUCGGCGCUACAUGGCUGCAUGCGGUGGCUCCGCCUCCUGCCUGCUCAUCCUGGCUCUGUUUGUUCUCAACGUGGGAAGCUCCGCCUUCUGCCAGUGGUGGCUCAGCUACUGGAUCAACCAGGGCAGCGGGAACACCACGGUAACCCAAGGCAACAGCUCGGCAGUGAGCGUCAGCAUGAAGGACAAUCCGAUGAUGCAACAGUAUGCUGCCAUCUACGCCUCCUCCAUGGGAGUCAUGCUGCUCUUUAAGCUUUUUAGAGGCGUCGCCUUCGUCAAGGGAACUCUGCGAGCGUCCUCCAAGCUGCAUGACGAGCUCUUCCAUAAAAUCCUUCGCUGCCCCAUGAAGUUCUUCGACACAACGCCAACUGGACGGAUCCUCAACCGCUUCUCCAAGGACAUGGACGAAGUCGACACUCGUCUGCCCUUCCAGGCGGAGAUGUUCAUCCAGAACGUGAUCCUGGUCUUCUUCUGCCUGGGAGUCAUUAGCUGUGUGUUCCCCUGGUUCCUGGUGGCGGUGGGUCCUCUGGUUGUGCUCUUCAUGGCACUCCAUGGGGUCUCCAGGGUCUUCAUCCGGGAGCUGAAGCGGUUGGACAAUGUAACCAUGUCACCCUUCAUGUCCCACAUCACCUCCAGCAUCCAGGGCCUCGCCACGCUGCAGGCCUACGGCCGGGAACAGGACUUCCUCAACAGGUACCAGGUUCUGCUGGACCAGAACCAGGCUCCUUUCUACCUGUUCAGCUGUGCUAUGCGCUGGCUGGCAGUUCGUCUGGAUGUGAUCAGCGUGGCUCUGAUCAGCACCACCGCCCUGAUGAUGGUCCUGAUGCAUGGGCAGAUCUCUCCUGCCUACGCUGGCCUUGCCAUCUCCUACGCUGUGCAGUUAACAGGUUUGUUCCAGUUCACGGUGCGUUUGGCUUCUGAGACUGAAGCUCGGUUCACCUCAGUGGAGAGGAUCCAUCACUACAUCCAGUCGCUGUCCCAGGAGGCUCCAGCUCGGGUCAGAGGUCGGCCCCCUCUGAUGGACUGGCCCCAGCAGGGGGAGCUGGUGUUCAAGGAGGUGGAGAUGAGGUACCAGGAGAACCUCCCACUGGUCCUGAACAAGAUCUCCUGCACCAUACGGCCCAAAGAGAAGGUUGGCAUCGUGGGGAGGACCGGAUCAGGGAAGUCUUCUCUGGGCGUGGUCUUGUUCCGGCUGGUGGAGCGUUGCGGCGGCUCCAUCCUGAUCGACGGCGUGGACAUCAGUGACAUCGGACUGGCCGACCUUCGCAGCAAACUGUCCAUCAUCCCUCAGGACCCGGUUCUGUUCAGCGGGACAGUCAGGUCCAACCUGGACCCCUUUAACCAGUACAACGAGGAGCAGAUCUGGGACGCUCUGGACAGGAGUCACAUGAAGGAGUGUGUGUCCCAGCUGCCCCUGAAGUUGGAGUCGGAGGUGGUGGAGAACGGAGACAACUUCUCUGUGGGGGAGAGACAGCUGCUGUGUGUCGCCAGAGCUCUGCUGAGACAGUGCAAGGUGCUGAUCCUGGACGAGGCUACGGCAGCGAUGGACGCUGAGACGGACGCUCUGAUCCAGGAGACCAUCAGGAGCUCGUUCCAGGACUGCACCACGCUGACCAUCGCUCACCGCCUCCACACCGUCCUCGCCUCCGACCGCAUCAUGGUGCUCAACCAGGGACAGGUGGUGGAGUUCGACGAGCCGUCCAGGCUGCUGGCCAAUGAAAACUCUCGGCUGUGCUCGAUGCUGGCUGCCGUGGAGAACAAGAUCUCAGUGCGAGGUUGAGGAGGAGGAGGAGGAGGAGGAGGAGGAUGAGGGCUGUCCCAGUGCUCCCAUUCCUCCCAGUUUGAGCUGAAGGUGCUGUGAGUCCUGUACUGUAAGACUCUGGAUCUCAGAGUCGAGUCACUGACGUUACUGCUGUUGCUUUUUUGCAACAUGUUUGUCUUUAAUCAUGUUUUCGUGGGUUUUUACGACCUGAUUUGAAGCAGGUCUGAUUAUCGUCGUUGCUGCUGCUGUGACCUGGCAUCACGUGAUUGGUUGCUCAGGUUUCAGUAGUUUCUUCUUGUAAAAAAAAAAGAAAAAAGAAAAAAUGUCCAAAACUGUUAAUUUUAAUCUUCUUAACCUUUAAACAUUUUUAGAUUUAUUAUUAGUCACGUUCGGUUUGACUGGACUGAAAGUUUGACUCAGAAACUGAUUCAUUCGCUCGACCGCCGACACAGACAUGAUGUUCAAACUGUAGGUUAUUGAUUUACAGCAGCAGAUGUAGUACCUGGACUGAUUAUGUGUCAAAAAUAACAAGGAAGUGUUUUUGCAGUAUACAAAAGAACGUGGAGAUGUGUGAGCUUUUCUUGCCUUUUUUUUUUAAAUAGUUUUUUCAUUUUUGCCUUUUUCAGUCUGCCGCCCUCCACAGGACCGACGUCAGAGCUACAUCUCAAAUCAUCAGAGUUUCACAAUCAUUCCUUCUUCACCAUCUCUGAUUGGCCUGAAAUUUGGCAUAAAAUAUGGAUAUUUUAUAAAGACAUUCAGCUGCAUAUGGUUGACUUCUGCAUGAGCAUUUUUGUUUUUGUUAAUUCGUGCUCACCCAUACUCAGAGAUUAUUGGAUCUACUUGUCCAAUAUUGUAAAUUCUGGAUCAAUGUCAUGAUGAGAAACAACAGUGAACAUUUCAUACGUUUAUCUUUAAUGGUUCCUGAGAUGUUGUUGUUCAAACUGCCUCAGAUUUUAAUGUGCGAAAGAACCUGCUGAAAGUAGAAGCUAACAUUUCACAGAUACCAUUUUAAAUAUCCAGAGUUUAAGUAAAUCCGAGAUGGUUGAGCAGAAGAACCCUGAUGAUUCGAGAUGGAAAACCCAAAUGUAAAAUGUAAAAGAAAAAAAAAAGCUCAUUAACUCCGUACACUAACGUCACCAUGUUUAACUGUAGCAGACAUCAGAAAAUAUACGAACAUAAAUGACUGAAUUAAGAAAAUCUUUAUUUGCACUUUGUUGUUCUCCAUUAAACCUUCUAAAAUCUAAACUCUAAACUUGUUCCCACCAGUGAAGCAGGUUAAAGAUGCUCUCAGCUGUGAUAAAAACAGGAAGUCCUGCAUUAGUAUUAUACAGAUGUUAGUUUGGGUUCAUGAGGCUGCAGCCAGACAGCAGGUGGCGCUGCUGCACGGCCAAAACCACUUUAACAAUAUAAUCGCAUAGAAACUGAUAAGUUUUGAUGAAAUAUAGAUAAAUAAAAGCAAGAGCAGUGACUGCGCUCAGACUUGUCGAAGCUGCUGAUUAAACUUUCCUGAUUUAUGGAGUUCAGAAAUGUACCAUAAAUAUGUUAUCUGCUGUAUUACACUUUAAAUAUUAGAUUUUUGUUUAAAAUGCUGCUUCUGCUGGAACUCCGUUAAAUCACAUAUUUAAAUGUUUUUCAAUAAGUUAUUAAAGUAGCUCAGUAUUAAAGUAGGAAGCUGCAACAGAAGCUGUUGUAUUUUUGCAGUAUCAGUAAUCAGCCUGCAGGGGGCAGCGCAGAGGCGCCGCCUGUACAGAGAAACACUCACAAUCAGUCCGAUCCUCUUCAGUGUGACGUUUGUUGUGUUUUAUUCUGUUUUCUGUGAGAACCGGCCACGUCAGACUCACCUGUCCGUUCGACUCGUUGACUUCCUGUCCAGGUGAACGUCAGCCGACGGACACUAACUGCCAACAGGAAGUGGAGUGGAAGUUGUGUCAUUUUGUAUUUUGGAUACGUGAGCGAGCAGCUGUGUAGAAACGUGUCUGUGUUUGUGUGUCUGCUGUACUUUUCUAACAGCCUUAUAGCAUGACGACUUCAUAACUGCCAAUAAAACUAUUUUAAGACGAA